ACCCUCACAGUCAAUCUCAAGAACUGUUUUUAUUUAGCUCAAGUCUGCGAUUCGACAACACCAAAAAUGAUUCGCUUCAUUUUUCUUCUCGCGUGUGCAUCUUUAAUUCAUUUUGCGUUUCAAGAACAGUUGGAGUGUAAAUGUUGGCCAGGUUAUGAAGUAACUAAUGAUAGUAUUGCUGAAACAACUGAUCUUCGAUGUCUUGGGGUAUCCUGGAUUGCGUACAACAAGAGGCACUAUUGUAACCAACCUGUCCGACCUCAUUGCAAAUGUACAAAUGCUACUGGUAUUGUAACUGAUGAAAAUGGUACUUAUUGUGACUUUACCAAAAACGGUGAAUCACAGAAAAAAUGGGAUUGUGAAAAUGCCGAAAAGUGGAGCACUUAUAAGAAGAACACUGAGGAAUUUAAUAAAGGAAGAGCUGUAAAAGUGUAAUAUUUGCAAAAUAAAUACUAUUUUAAACUCUUUUACUAGUACAGUAGAACCCCUCUAUAACGAGAACUCAAGGGUCCAACGUAUUUGUUCAUUAUAACUGAUUUUCGCUAUAAACUU